GGACCCGCCCGCUUGCGCGGAUCCCCGGUCUCGCGCAACCGUUGAAUAAACAAUGGCGGCGGGGGACCUGAGGAUCCCCGGAGAGGGGAUUCUCAUAGGAGGUACGUUGUAUUCUGAAGUCCGCCUGCUUCUGGAUUACUGUCAAAUCCCAUCGGAGCGGCUGAAGAGAAGCCCGUCCGCCGAGCACGGUCUGCCCGCCGACACGGAGGAGCAGCUCCGGCUACGGGGCUGCGAGAUGAUCCAAGCCGCGGGCAUAUUGCUGAGACUCCCACAGGUAGCCAUGGCCACAGGGCAGAUACUGUUCCAGAGGUUCUUUUACUGUAAAUCAUUUAUUCGACACUGUGCAGAGACUGUUGCAAUGGCUUGUGUACACCUGGCCUCAAAGAUAGAAGAAGAGCCACGCAGGGUACGGGAUGUGCUCAAUGUCUUCCACCAUCUCAAACACAGCAAAGGAGCAAAGAGUCCUGUUCCCAUGCCUCUGGACGCUGGUUACAUCAGCACGAAGGUGCAGGUGAUCAAGGCGGAGAGGCGAGUUCUAAAGGAGCUGGGUUUCUGUGUGCAUGUCAAGCACCCCCACAAGAUAAUCGUCAUGUAUCUUCAAGUGCUGGAGUGUGAGAAAAAUGCUAAACUGGUGCAGAUGGCUUGGAACUAUAUGAACGAUAGUUUGAGGACAGAUGUGUUUCUGAGGUUCACUGCGGAGACAGUGGCAUGCGCCUGUAUCUACCUGUCGGCUCGAUUCCUUCAGAUUCCUCUCCCCGAUCAGCCCCCGUGGUUUCUGCUGUUUGGGGCCCUUGAAGAGGACCUGAGAGAGAUCUGCAGGAGGAUUUUGAGGCUAUACGCUCUCCCGUCAGUCUCCCUCACAAGCUUACUACAGCAGGUGGAUGUGUGUCGGCAGGCUCUGGAUGCUUUGGCUGUCAGUGCCAAGCUAGCAGGGGGGGCGCUGCUUGCCAUUGGAACCCCGACUUGUGACACCCCAUCAAGCUUCUCACCGGCCUCCAAAGCAGUGUCACCCGCUGUAACAAAUCACAGUCUACAGACUCAGGUGUCCCUGAAGAAUGUCUGCCGAAAACUGACUAAUGGAGAUGGGCGUGUAAAAGUGAGUCACAGUGCCGAGAGAAGGAAGGCUCGUUCCCCCACGCCUCCUAAACGCAGACGCAGUCGCAGUCUUUCCUCUCCCUCGCGCUCUGUCUCUCCCAUCCAUCGGAGGAAGCGUAUAGAAAGAGAGCGGAAUCGAGCGAGAGACAGAGGAAGGGAGCAGAGAGACGAUGAAAAGGAUCGAGGUAGAGGAAAGAGACAUGAACAUUCCCGUAGAAGAUGAUGGUCAUCACUAGAAUGAGUGGAAAAACACAUUUGGGACCAAGAAAUGCCUUUUUUUUCCCCUUUUUUUUUAAACUCUUUUUGAAUAUUUUGUAUUUUUACUUUCUUUUUUAACUAACUUGUUUUUUGGAUACUGUCCUUUUUUAUUCAUGGUAAAUUCUCAUGGUUCUUGUGACUCAUUAAGGAAUUUGAUUAUAAAUUUGUCAAGUCUAAUAUAAUCUUGCCCAGAGGAGAACACUGCUAGACUGAAAUACACUUUAGAAAUCCUACAUUGGUAUCCAUUACAUUAUGCUAUAUUAAAAAUGAUAGAUAUGGGGCGUCUGGGUAGCGUAGCGGUCUAUUCUGUUGCCUACCAACUCAGUGAUCGCCGGUUCGAAUCCUCGUGUUGGUCCUCCGGCUUGGUCAGGUGUCCCUACAGACACAAUUGGCCAUGUCUGUGGGUGCCAGAUGUGGGCGUGUGUCCUGGUCGCUGCACUAGCGCCUCCUCUGGUCGGUCAGGGCGCCUGUUCGGCGGGGAGGGGGAACUGGGAGGGGAGUAGCGUGAUCCUCCCACGCACUAUGUCCCCCUGGUGAAACUCCUCACUGUCAAGUGAAAAGAAGUGGCUGGCGACUCCACAUGUAUCGGAGGAGGCAUGUGGUAGUCUGCAGCCCCCCCCCCCCCCCGGAUCGGCAGAGGGGGUGGAGCAGCAAUCGGGAUGGCUCGGAAGAGUGGGGUAAUUGGUUGGAUACAACUGGGGAGAAAAAGGGGGAGGGGAAAGAAAUGAUAGAUAGGUACUCUAUUAAUCCCCGAAGGGAAAUUAAGGCGUUACAGCAGCUCACAAACGACAGUUGAGUGACAAUAGAAUAAAAUAAACGUCUGACACAUUAUUUACAGUAAGAACAGUCCAGUAUGUUUUAACAUCCCCCAGAUCAGCCCGAUGGAGCCAGCUGGAGAGGAGUUGUAGAGUUGCGGUAGGCAGAAAAGGUCUGCUAUAGCGCUUCUUAGUGCACCCUGGUUGUAAUAAUCUGUUGCUAAAGCAGCUUCUGUGCUCUGCCACAGCAUCAUGUAGAGGAUGAGAAGGAUUGUCCAUGAUGGUCAGGAGUCUGGUCCUCGUCUUGCUAUUGCCCACCUCCUACACAGUGUCUAGGGUGACACUGAG